AUUCUUAUACAAUUCUGUUCAUAAUUCAAUCUCACUGAAAGAUUCAACUCUCAAGACUACAUGAAAUGAUGAUCGAAGCAUCCGAAUUACUUGGAUAUGCAAACAGAGUGAUGUCGAUUCUACAUUCUGGUCAUUUUUGAACGAACUUCACAAAUAAUUCAUGCCUUAAAUACGCUCGCUCAUGAACUACUUGUGCCAACCACGAAAUCACUUCAGGAAUUGGAGAUCGUGUAUCUAGUCCUAACAUGUGAUACAAUACCUCUAGAUAUCGCAAACACAUAGGAUUACCAUUUUCUUGGCUCGCAUAUCCUAUUGUAACCUACGCGAAGGUUUUCGAGGACGAGAUAAGAAAGCCUGCCAAAUUUCUCAAAUCUAUCCUUAGCUAUCACUUCUUGGUGGUAUAGUUACCGAAAUUAAUUCAGCAGUAUGGCUGGGCAGUGACCCUCAUACUUCUGGAAUUACUCUUGGUUUUUUAGAUGCUGGGCUUUUUGACGCUGGAUAUUAGACGUCUGGGGCUCUUCCAAGGUUAUGCUUGAUGAUCAUGUCCAUCUCAAAACGCUACAGCCCAUCGCCUAUACCAAGAUUUUUUGUUUUUGGACUGAGAAAGAACGUAUAGAAAGAUACGACUUCUCCUAUCAUACAUCACACAGAUUGUACUUUCGAAUUACCGAAAUCGGUCAAUCUACAGCGCACGGUAGAUCAAGUGCAGUGUUUAAGAAAUCGUACUUACAUGUCCACCAUAGUGAUAAAACACCUUCAUAUUGAAAACAUCGACAUCAAGGCUAUGUCAACCCCGAUGUUGUACUUCUGGGAUGCGUGAAUGCUCAACACUCGCUGUAACCUUAAAGGGUGCUGAUUGGAAAUCGUCGACCAUCCGAGACUGGGCUGUGGACCGCCAACAACCAGAAAGUGACCCCCAACAGGAUCGCAGAAUCUUGAGACCCAAACCAGAUUAGGAAGUCAAAUUUACUUUGCGUCUAGUGACUUUCAAUGUCGAAAACUCAACACCAAUGUUCAAAUACAUGAAUUUGGAUAUUGAACCACCAUGAACGUGGUUCAGCAGACAGUUACUUGAAACGUUUGAUUUAAACCAUACAGCAUCUAUUCAUCGGAAUUGGCAGCGCUUAUACCACCUCAAAUAUAAUGUAAAAUUCGAUGAGUUUUUGGUCGGAUCUCCCAAUAAUUUGACCUCAAACUGAUCAGGAAGAUUGAUAGCACACCAACUUGCAUAAUGCUGCUGGCUGGCCUUGGCCACUACCCAACCAACAACUUUCAUAUGAUUUUGAAACGUCAUUUUAUAACAUUCCCAUUCCAACACUAUUUAUUCCUUUGUUGCUUAUCUAUCGAUGAUACAUUACACACACCUCUAAUAUAGUUAGACGGAAUAAUUAUGUGAAAGAAAGAUCACGCCUCGUAGACAAAGACGUCUCAACAGCAGAUGGUGAACCUGACCAGAUGGUUGAGAAUGAGACAAUUUAAGAAAGUAAAUCUUUAAUUGCUCAUCUAUAGAGGUUCUCGUUUCUUGUUCAAUUGCUUGCUUUUUCUCUAUUUUCCUUUCAUUCCAUCUCAUCUAUUUGAUUAGAAAAAGCCUCAGGUUGUUCUAACACGGGUCUACUUUCAAAGAAUUGCCGCCACAGCGACGGGAUUUGUGACUGAAGACUUGGAAAGUUUCGUGAGAAGAACACCGAAAUUACACUUGGAAUCUUUAGGGCUUCGUCAUUGACUUCUUGACAUCGGCAACAUCGCGCUGGCGUUGGAUGAGAUUUUCCAAUACUCAAGAACGAGUAAAUUGUUGAACUAGCUUCCCAGUAACGAACAAAGAAAUUAUCCCGUCGGACAUCAACAUCUAUUCCACCUCAUUUCUCGAGAGAUCAGUAGAUCAUCAAGUCACCAUUGAUCGACAACUUCAACGAGGAUACCAUAAUAAGGUAUGAUGGAUCGUCGACCACAAUACAUGAAUGUGCCUAGCUAUCCCUCUCUUCUCAAACAUGGAACAUCCCAUCCCUCACCUCUUUCCCCCUUAACCCCACCUCGACGACUCCACCAACGCAGCCUGCUACCCAGCCCACCCAUCUCGCCACAUCUUCACAAACCCCCACCUCCUAUACCUUACCCAUGGAUUUGGCGCUGCCACAUAUGUCACUCUGUUUACCGUCUUGGCGUCACCCGUCGCUGCCUCGAAGACGGUCAUUACUUCUGUUCUUUGCCCACUCCACCCCCAUCUCCACAAACUGCUUCUCCCGUGUCCCCGUCCCCCUCCACUAGUUCUCUUUCCUCCCUGAUUCCCCCCAAGAAGAAAAAGAAACGUCGUCGCCAACCCCGUGGCUGCCGCGCCGAAUUUGACUACACAGGUUGGGAACAUUACAACCAUUGGCGACGGGAUAUCUCUCUCCUGAAAACCGAAUCUCGUUCUCUGAACAACCCACACUUCAUCCCUCCAUUGAAAAUAGGCAAAGAUUGUUACCGCGACUGCGAUUUUCCCUCGGAAUGUCAAACCAUACAUUUACGAUCAGCGAUAACCCCCAAAACGCGACAAAAAAGCGAACCGGAGUUAAUUUUCCCCAUUUCUCCCAUCAGUGCCGAGGAACGUCAACGCAUAGAUGAUGAACGAGAAGAUCAACAGUUGAUCUUUGAUAUAGCAGCUACUACACCACCAGCCACUCGUGCUCAUGGCGAAUUCCCUAGUUCCUCAACUCUCAUGCCCGAUAUCACUUCUCCCGAUUUUAACACGCUUGUUGAGCGCGAUCGGCGCAAGAGUUUGGAAGCGGAGAAACGCGGAUUAGAACACGAGGCGCAAUUUAUUGUUAGUCCUCUAACAAGUCAUACCGCCUUUGCGGAUAUAAAUUAUGGCGGCAGUGGAUCUACGAGUCCGAAAGGAAAAGAAUGUGAAAACGAAAGACAGGAAUUGAAAGAUGGUUUGGGAGUCUCGUAUCCUCCUGAACUAGACGAUCUAGCAGGAGAAGAAGAAACGGAAGAGGAUGAACAGGGAUAUGUGAGGGAGUUCAUACGAGUAAAGAAACGGAAAAGCAUAGCGAAAAUUGAACAGCUCACGGGAUUGAGGUUAUCAGAGGUGCAGUAUGGAAAGAUGGUAGGAGAGGUGGUGGACGGAGAUUUGGGAGGACCGAGGGUGGGAGAAGGAGAGGGAAGCAAAAGUCGGAGAGCUAGUGUAGAGAUUGAAAGUCCACCUAGUAGUCCGUUGAAGAUGUUUUAUACAGUAGAGGAUAGUGAUGAUGAGGAUGAUCUUGAUGAGGUCACCCCCUGGGAUGAACAGAGGAGGAAGCAUAUUCGAUAAUGAUCCACAUUUGUUUUGAUUCGAGUAAUUUGGUGGACCUGCAACUGGGAGGUUCUUCGAGGAAGUGGAUAUUGCGAAUUGCCGGAAUG